CGGACAGAACCCCUGUUGCCUGUGAAGAGUGUGACCUAGAGUCACAAGCGCAAAAAUAUCAAAUUAACGUAUUUACAUAAACGAAAAAUGAGGACAGAAAAUCGUAUUGGAAACGAAAGUAAACGAAAUGGGCCAUCAGACCGACGACACUUUGGCCACGGAUUAAUCUCGUUGUAAUUGUCAAUGCCCAUAUUCAGCGCUACAAGAGAGUCUACAGUCCGACAAUCUGGGACAUCGUGAGUAGGAUGGAGGACAGUGAUGAACUGGAUUUACCCGAUGUGUACAUUGGCUUUUGACGCGAGUUAGUUUCUUGUUUUGGAUGACCGCUUGUUCACCGGCCAUUAAAAUGGAAGUGUAAAAGCCUACACGCGCUUAAUUGGAGCUCAUUCCAUAGGAGCCCGUUGAUAUUUUUGAGGUGAGGUCGCAGUGGGUGAUUAUAUCGAGGCAGUGUUUCAGAAUACAGAUUAUUACACUUAUCCUGAAUAGGUUUUCCUCAGCACUGCACAUGCAUGUCACCCGGCUCUGCUGAAACUUCACAUCGAUUCCCUGGUAGCCAUGGGAUUGUUGGUGCUCUCUAAUGCCACAUACUUGGUUUCUGAGUGAUUAAACAUCCUAGACAACUCCCGUGCCAUGAAUGAAGACGCGCGCAUUGAAGAACCAAACAAAGUGCCACAAUUCGGAAAGCAAGCUCGCACCUGGUUCUUGUCUGUCUGUGCAAAUCCUGAGCCGCGGAUAUUACAUAUCGAAGUCAGAGAAAGAGAAGGGGGGAGGGAGUUGGUGUCGGGUGAUUUCCUCCCCUCGCCAAAUUUCUGUCCGGGAGUCGUUGACACUCCUUCAUAACCCUGCUCUUUCGCGCCUCACACAGAUGGCCAAAGCGCCGUGGGCACAGAAGUCUCCAAACCCCAGAAUUCUACUUACCGCACCGAACCACAGUAGACAGACCACUGAGAUAGAGGACGAGACCAUAAAAUAGCGUUGUGUUAAUUAUAGUUAUUUCAAUGAAUUCAUGAAUAUAGCCGUAUGGUUUUGUUUCCUACACCUUUGUGCAAACUCAUCUACACUCUAUGUGCACGUCCCCGGUACUAGCUGCACAUCCCCAGCCGGCGUUGGUGAUGCCAUGCCCCGAAACCACAGUGCCGAUGAGGCCGGUACUGGGCUCUGGAUGAAAACCUCCCCAGGGCGUCGGGCUCAGGACUACGGGUUGAAAGAUGUCGAGUCUGGACGGAGGAUGAUGAACAACGCGGUUCGAGUCGGAGACGGGAUGUUUUCGCUGGGCCCGGCAGGUGCAGACGGCGCGGAGAGGCAAAAGGGCGCCCGGUUGAGUUUGCUCGGGAAGCCGCUCAUCUACAGCGCGCAGAGCGGGCGCAGGAAUGUGCGCUACCGGCGUCUGCAGAAUUACCUCUACAAUGUGCUGGAGAGACCCAGGGCAUGGGCGUUCAUCUAUCACGCCUUCGUGUUCAUCUUGGUGUUUGGCUGUCUGGUCCUGUCAGUGUUCUCCACAAUCCCUGCCCAUCAAGACCUGUCCAACCACUGCCUGCUCAUCCUGGUGAGUGAGUUUGUGAUGAUCGUGGUGUUUGGGCUGGAGUACAUCAUCAGGAUAUGGAGCGCAGGCUGCUGCUGUCGCUACAGGGGAUGGCAGGGACGCCUCCGCUUUGCCAGGAAACCCUUCUGUGUCAUAGACAUAAUUGUCCUCAUAGCUUCCAUUGCUGUGGUGUCCGCUGGUAGCCAAGGUAACAUCUUUGCCACCUCAGCAUUGCGUAGCCUUCGCUUCCUGCAGAUCCUGCGGAUGGUGCGUAUGGACCGCAGAGGGGGCACCUGGAAACUACUGGGAUCUGUAGUCUAUGCACACAGUAAGGAGUUGGUGACAGCCUGGUACAUUGGGUUCCUGGUGCUCAUCUUCUCUUCGUUCCUGGUCUACCUCGUGGAGAAGGAGUUCAACAAAGACUUUGCCACCUAUGCUGAUGCUCUGUGGUGGGGCACGAUCACCCUGACGACUAUCGGCUAUGGAGACAAGACUCCUCAGACAUGGACAGGUCGUCUGAUCUCAGCUGGCUUUGCUCUGAUGGGAAUCUCCUUCUUCGCCCUGCCUGCUGGUAUCCUGGGCUCAGGUUUUGCCCUGAAGGUACAGGAGCAGCACAGACAAAAACACUUUGAGAAGAGGAGGAACCCAGCAGCCAGCCUCAUCCAGUGUGUCUGGCGUAGUUAUGCUGCUGAUGAGAACUCGGUUUCCAUAGCUACCUGGAAGCCUCAUUUGAAGGCGUUGCAUACCUGCAGUCCUGCAAAGAAAGAACAGGGCGAGACAACCAGCAGUAAGGGUCAUAGUAAUAGGAGGCGCUUCAGAAGGUAUUACACACGGAAAUGUAGGAGUACAAAGUUGAGCUUUAAGGAGCGGGUACGGAUGGCAAGCCCUCGCGGCCAGAGCAUGAAGAGCCGCCAGACAUCCAUCAACAACGACCGACGCUGUUCCCCAGGCAACGAUGUGGCAGGUGCUAACACAGGAACCAGCCCUGCCAAGGUGCAGAAGAGCUGGAGCUUCAACGACCGCACACGCUUUAGACCCUCCCUGCGCCUCAAGAGUCAAUCACGCACCGCACCCUCCGAGGUGGACACAGGAAUGGGGAAUGAUGACGCAUUCGGCGACAGGGUUUGCCACUGUGAUGUCACCGUGGAAGACCUAUCAGCUCCAUUGAAGGCUGUCAUCAGAGCCGUCAGGAUCAUGAAGUUUCAUGUAGCAAAGAAGAAGUUUAAGGAGACUCUGCGCCCGUAUGAUGUGAAAGAUGUGAUAGAACAGUACUCUGCAGGACACCUGGAUAUGCUCUGCAGAAUCAAGAGUCUACAGACUAGGCUGGACACCAUAGUGGGUCCUCCUCAGCAGCAGCUGCUGAGCCCCAGAGUCAAGACCUUUUCCUCCCCCUCCCUGCACGUAUAUUACAACCAGGCCAGGAGGAAGUCCAUGCCAGGGACCAAGUCUGUCCCAGGACUGGCCACUGGACUGGGUCCCACACUGAGCAGCAAACCUGGGAACAUGUCCUCCCCCUCCCUGCAAUUAUAUUACAGCCAGGCCAGGAGGAAGUCCGCCCCAGGGAUGAAGUCCCCAGGGGUGGAUCAGAUACUGGGUAAGGGCCAAAUCCCCAUCGACAAGAAGAUCAGGGACAAGCUGCACCCUGACAGGGAUACUCUGGAGGACAUGAGCAUGCUGGGACGUGUGUGCAAGGUGGAAAGACAGGUGACAUCCAUAGAGUCAAAGCUGGACUCUCUGCUGGAUGUGUACAGGCAGGUGUUACAAAAUGGUUCGUCUUCCCUCACCCUCUCCUCCCUGCCCCUGUUUGAGCUGGAGCACCAGACCUCCGACUACCGGAGCUCCAUCCUCAGCAAGGACCUGUCCUCUGGCUCCCCCCAGGGAGGGGAGGGCAGAGGGGGGCAUAAAAGUGGUGGGGGGAUGUCCCGGUCAACAACAGGCCAUCUCUCCAGGGGCCUGCAGCUCAUCUUGGCCCCCAGCGAGCUCACCCUCAACACCUGCCCCCCCCUCCUACCCUGCCUCCACUGCAUCCCUCACGCCCUCGCCUCUCCUGCCCCCUGACAGCCCCUACCCGCUCCUCACCACACCCAGUAGUUUCCCCAGGCGAGCGCACUUCCCUGACCUCCCACCCCCUCCACCAUCCGCUGGUGCUGCCACCCUUCAGCUGCCCCCCAUGGGCCCCCAGCAAAGACGUCCCCUGAGCCCCACCCCACAUGCUACACGAGGGGGUAGGCUGGAGCAGAGCUCAGGCCUCUCUAUGGUGGUGGUCUCUGGGGUUGACCAUGGAGAGGAGGGGGACAGAGAGGGUGGACAUAGCUGGGGCAGGGUGCAGCUGAGGGGGAAGCCCCAUUUGAGGGAGGAGGGCCCCUGGAGGAGGCACAUGAGCCUGGAGGUGGACCCCAUGCUGCUGCUUUCCUCUGGAUGUGACGGCAAGCCCUCGGAGCAGGAACAGGGGCUGGGGAAGUCCCUGUCGGCACAUAACCUCACCCAGCCAUCUGCAGACAACCUUCCUAACCUGUCCUUCCCCCUCAGCAACAGUAGCAGUUCUAGUGACGACUGCCAUGGCGACCCCGACGCUAGCAACUGGGGCGAGACAGACCUUUUCAUCACCGGCCGUGACCUGGAACCGCAGGAGGACCAGUUUGAUUUCCUGUCCCAGGGGAGUGACCUCCUGUCCCAUCCCACAGCGGACGGUACUGGCUGCUUGGACGUUCUGCGGACUGAAGAUGGGGGGUCCUUAACCAGUCUGACUGGUCCCCACACCCCCACAACGGGCAGUGCAGAGUCCCUCAACCAGCCUACCCACGUACGACUAAAAUAACUCUUCCAUAGGAGUGAAUAAGAUAAACCCUCCCCCCAACACAGACGUUACCAAUAUUACCAUCCAGCAAGAGGACUCACUGGACAAACAACAAAUAGAAUUGCAACUGUUGAUUAUAACUCUGUUUUUAAGAGAUGGGGGGGGGGGUUCUCACUCCUUUCAAUCAAAGAUUUCAGGCUCCCUUUAUACUCUCACACAUAUCAUUGCAUGGACUAUUUCGAAUUUCCUAAAACAGGAACAAGCAGAGAAACUAACAGGGGGAGGGGAGAUGGGGGAGGAAAAUUGAACAAAAGAGAGGAUGGUCAGAUAGUGUUAAUGUUUGCUCUCUCGGCUAUGCAUGACCACCGCAUGUCUAAACCGCACUUUGGGGUCAAGAGCGUUCAAGCCCCUUCAUUAGCCCUGGAAACACAGUCAUGAUGGCUGAGCCCAACCUCAUAAGUCCAAAUCUCACCUGUUUAUCUGCAUGUUCCAGUAAUGUAUCCUCCAAACCCUUGGGAGGCAAUUAUGAGCAAUCAGCAAUUAUUACCCAAAUAUUGAAAAUGUAGUAAAUACUGUAGAUAAUACAAUAACUCAUUUGAUAAUAACAUAAGAUAACCCUACUGAUGUAAAGUUGUCAAAACAUUUUUUUAAUACAUUUUACAAUCUUGUGUGGCCAUUUGAUUUUGAUGACAAAUCCAAUAUGCUGAUUGGGUGCUCUAAUCUGACAAGGCCAGUAGGAUUCAGUAUUUUCACUUUUAAAGGCAAACAACAGCCAAAUAAGAUCAGUUAUUACUGUGAAACUGUAGAUGGUGAAACAAGGCUGUGGUACACUGCAGUUGUCGGUCACAAUAAACACUACAGAAUUCAGGGUUCCUUGUCCUACAGCUCAUGUGCCCACAGUAUUCCCUUCUGUUACUAGCUGAUUGACAGGGGACACUUCAAACUUUGAAAAUAAAUACAGUAUAUCUCCUCAAAGUGGAUGAGCAUUAGUCUAUGACAGGUUGGGGACAUCUCUACAAGUGGUUAGCCAGCCUAACACUUUGUCAGUAGCUAUAAUGAUCAGAACUUGUUACAGACUUGCCAAGGUAAAGAUGAGCGGUGUGAGAGUAAGUCAGAGGAGUUGGAUCAUAAAUACAGGGAGAGAGGACUUGAUCCACCAUGAUUUAGUCCCCUUAAAGUAGUGGUAUGUGAGCCUACAAGCCUGGCACUUCCAAUAGAGCACACAGGAUCUUUUGUCUAGAGAAGGCCACUGUUCUUGUGUGUCUACUGUCCAACCAAUGUCAUCACUAAUGAUGCUGUCCAUAGAGAUACACAGAUAGGAAAGUAAUGAACAAGCCAUGUUGUAAGUGGAUGGAAAAUAUGGUAACAAGUCUGCUGUCAACGAGCUCAACUUCUGAAUGUGAUUUGUCUGUUGUUUGCAUGUCCCACUGCCUUACGAGGCAGCAGCACUGCUGACUGCCACUCAGCCUGAACACAGACGACUGCUCUUGAAUGAGAAUAUGCACAAACUGUGUUAGACAUCUUUAUUUUCUCUAUGUUGCACCUUUUUGUUCUUGAAGGAGAGAGGCACAACAGUCUUAUAUGUAUUCUGUCGAGUUAACGAUGACAGCUUCCAUUCAACAUGUUUGUUUAUGUUUUUAUUGAGUUUUUUGAUUGGUGCAUACGUGCAUUGGCUUAGCUGAUUAACAAUUAUACUGUAUAAUGUGUAUAUUUUAUGUUCAUAUGUGUGACGUGACCAGCAAAAUCUAUAUAGCUGUGUGUUACAAUGGGAUUUUGUAUGAAAAUGGCCCGAGUUGGUACGAUAAAUGCACAAUUGUUUGGAGACUUUGGAACCUGCAUAUGUGACUGGUGGGGGUGUUCUCUGUAAUGAAAUGUCAAUGGUGUACCAGCUACUGUACAUUUCAGGGGUCUGAAAGGAUAGGUCCAUUCUAUUAAUUAUAUUUCUAUGAUUGAAUAAACACCCACCCUGUAUUCAA